AUGUCGUCGCCAUCAACUCCAGAACCUGUUACCAUCCGCAAGGUCAUUGUUACAAAGUUUAGCCCCGACCCGUCCGAGUCCCUGGCCAUCGUCACGGCUAUUUUGCCACCCCCACCGGCCUCCCAUGUCCAGGUGCAGGUUCUUUAUUCGGGCUUCUCGGGCGCAGACGUCGCCAUGGCUCGUGGCCUCUAUCCCAUGCAGCGCUCCGCCCCUCUUACCCCCGGCUACUGCAUGGUCGGCCGCGUCGUCUCUGCCGGGCCUCGCGCCUGCGGCCGCCCCAACACGGAUUGGGAGCAGGGAACGCUGGUCACGGCCCUGACAGUCUACGACUCGGAAGCCGAACGCAUCAACAUCCAAGAGAAAUACCUCAUCCGCGUCCCCGAGGGCAUCGAACCAACCGUCGCCACCGCCCUGACCCUGGACUGGAACACGGCGUACGGCAUGGUCGAGCACGCCGCCCGCGUCCGCCCCGGCCAGAGUGUCUUUGUGCACGGCCUCAGCGGCGCCGUCGGCUACGCCCUCGCAACCCUGUGCUUACUGCGCGGCGCCACCGUCUUUGGCACCGCAUCUGAGCGCAAUCAUGCGACCCUCGCAGGGCUUGGCGUCACCCUAUUCGUCUAUACCAACAAAGACUGGAUCGACGCCGUGCAGACACAGGGGGGUGUCGACGCCGUCUUCGACCCCUUGGGAUUCCAGAGCUGGGAGGAGUCGUACUCGAUCCUUGCCACCACCCGCCCCUCGGUGCUGGUCGGGUACGGGGGGAACCAGCACCUGCUGCCUUCGUCCUCUGAAAAGGAGGCGGGGGAUAACGAGGCAGUUGCCCUGCGCAAGACACUGCUUCCCACACAGGUGCCGCAAAUCGUCAAGCUAGUGGCCAAAAACAUCAAGCGCUUUAUCGGAGACAAUCGUCGCACCGUCUUUUAUUAUAUCGAUCGCGACCACAAGGACUUCCGUCCAGACCUCGAGGCCGUCAUGGACUUGUGUCGCACGGGCAAGAUAACUGUGCCCAUAAAGACCACGUGGAGCCUUGAUCAAGUGCGUGACGCACAUCGGGGCUGGGGCAGAAAGGAGGGCAUGGGUUCCAUGGUGAUUAAAUGCUCAGAGUUACCAUAGGAGAGCAGAUGAUGGCUGGUCAAGAGAAAGACCCAAGGAUCUAUGGUUUUAUAUGUAACAAAGCAGUAACUAAUAUGUGGCAGCUGGGGGGUUACUAUGUAAUGCAGUGGCUAAUAGGAAAGUUUUGGUAAUAGGAAAGUCGUGGUCUCGUUGGCCGUUAUAAUGUACAAGCCUCAUUUAGAU